CGUGAACGCAGGGCGGAGCCUCGGGUUAGUGCGUGCGCGCGCCGGUCACGCACCUAGGGGCGACCUCGGCGAGCAGCGUCUGUACCAUGGCGGUCUCUCUCCUGCUUCGGGGAGGACGAAUCCGGGCGCUGAAGGCUGCAUUCCUGGAGGCAAGGGUGUUCCGAGAACUGUCUUCUACGGUAUCCCUCUCUACAGAGUCAGGGAAGAUUGGAAAGGGAAUAAAACCAAAUCCCAAGAAGCAAAGUGCACCCAAAGAUGUGGUGGGAGCAGAGGAGAGGGGCAAGCUUCUAGCCACCCACACGGCAGCAGCAAUGUCCAAAAGUGCGUCUCCACACAGUCCUUACCCAGCCGUGGAGAACACAGGUGGGGCUGUAGCCGGCCCACACCCUCAUGGCAGCCUGCCCCUCACAGAUGAAAGGCUUUCGAAGCGUUUGUCAAGAAAGACUUUGGUAGAGUUUCCUCAGAAAGUUCUGUCUCCACCCCGAGUACAGGGUUCUGACUCAGAGGCUCAGCGGCGUAAGCAGAAGGUGACAAAUGGUUCAUCCUCAUCUUCCUCAUCCAGCUCCUCAGAUUCAGACUCUGAUGGGGAGGGACAUGACUCAAAGAUGGAGCCCCGAGUGGCAAGCAAAGGCAAGGCAGGGUCUUACAAACCAGAGGCCUCUCGGCCCUUCCAGAAUGGAGUCCCUAACAUCACUGUACCUGCAAAAGAGAAAGCCAAGGUGCAAAAGCCACGUACAGAUGUCACCUACCCAGAGAAGUCCCAGCAGCCAAAGAAGAAAGGGACCAUCACCAAGCCUAUAGAGGACAGCAAAGAAACCAGAUCCAACCCUGUGACAUCCAGAUCACAGUCCAGUGAGAUUUUGGACCAAAACAUGAAGGAAGAACACCCGCAGGGGAAACUCAGGCCAAGUAAGACCAAGAAGGAAAGCCCAAAGCCGCUUGAAGCUGAAGAAAUCUUACCCGACUGCACAAAGGCCAGGUCAUCUGCAAGGCUCACCAGUGGCCCAGUGCCCACAGUGAGAACACAAGAGACCAGCGCAGGAGAACAGCUAGCAGCCACUACACCCAUGGCCGGAGCCAGACAUCUGGAACCAAAAGUGCCAAAGCCUGAAUUUAAGGCAGCUUCUCCUCAGGUCCCGGUUGGAAAAGAAAGCCUGGAGAAGCAGGUGCCAGAAGGAUUCUUGACGGCCAAGGUGGAGACCUUGGAAGAUCAGACACCUGUGGGAUAUUCGAAGACAGUUCCUGUCCAGAAGAAAGAUACCUUUGAAGAGAGAGCAGAACCACAGCUAGAGGGGAGGUUCCAGGCAGCAGUCGGUGAAGCUCCGCCCACUGAUGCAAGCCCACUCCAGGAAGCCCCAGGCGACUCUCAGGAGCCCACUCUGGCCCCUGAGCCGACGGAUGCCACUACCUACAAGAACCUGCAGCAUCAUGACUACAAUACAUACACCUUCCUGGACCUGAACCUGGACCUCUCCAAGUUCAGGAUGCCACAGCCCUCCUCAGGACGAGAGUCGCCUCGGCACUGAGUUCAACUCACAGUAGCCCCAUGUCGGUCCCAUGAAUUCAUUGCCUGUGAGAAUAAAAGUCAACCACAA